UGUUCACCCCCCUACCCCUUUUCUUCCCUUCCAAUUCUAUCUUGUCUCUUCAUCUUAGAGGCAACUUUCUCUCGUCAUGUCAUUGUCGAUGCCGGGUCCCUCCCAGGGGGGCCUUUUCAAACCCGGUUACCAGACUCACGAUGCCGAAGACGGCGCCGUCAUCCGGAAUAUCGAGGCUUGCCAGGCCAUCGCCCAGACCGUCCUGACCUCGCUGGGUCCCUACGGCCGCAACAAGAUCGUCAUCAACCACCUGCAGAAGUUGGUCCUCACGUCUGAUGCUGCGUCCAUCCUGCGCGAGCUCGAAGUCGUUCACCCGGCUGCGAAGCUCCUCGUCAUGUCCAGUCAACAGCAGGAUGCGGAGAUGGGUGAUGGAACCAACCUCGUGAUCAUCUUGGCGGGUGAGCUUCUCAAGAAGGCGGAGGAAUUGCUUCGUCUGGGUCUGAAGACUAGCGAUAUUGCACUGGGUUAUGAGAAGGCGCAGAAUUUCGCUCUGAAGGUAUUAGAAGAUCUCGAGGUCGACCGUUUGCAGUCUCUCCAAUCCCAGACCGAACUGACCAAGGCCCUCCGCACCGUGGUCGCGAGCAAGCAGUCCGGCAUGGAGGAUCUGCUGGCGUCGCUGGUGGCCGAGGCCGUGCUGGCCGUGCUGCCCAAGAACCCGAUCAACUUCAACGUGGAUAAUGUUCGUGUGGUGAAGAUCAUGGGUGGCAGCUUGGAGCAGUCGCGCGUGAUCAAGGGUAUGGUCUUUGGCCGGGAGCCCGAUGGAAUCAUCAAGAAGGCCCAGAAGGCCAAGGUCGGCGUGUUCAGCUGCCCGAUCGAUAUUUCCCAGACCGAGACCAAGGGCACUGUCCUCCUGAAGAACGCCGAGGAGAUGCUCAACUUCACCAAGGGCGAGGAGGAGCGCCUGGAGGCGGCCGUCAAGGAGCUGUACGACUCCGGCGUCCGCGUCGUCGUCUGCGGCUCCACCGUCGGUGACCUCGCCAUGCACUACCUCAACCGCUUCAACAUCCUCGUGGUCAAGAUUCUCUCGAAAUUCGAGCUCCGCCGACUCUGCCGCGUCGUGGGUGCCACCCCCCUGGCCCGUCUGGGCGCCCCCAUGCCCGACGAGAUGGGCUCCAUCGACGUGGUCGAGACCACCGAGAUCGGUGGUGACCGCGUGACGGUCUUCCGCCAGGAGGACCCCAGCACCAUCACCCGCACGGCGACCAUCGUCCUGCGGGGCGCCACGCAGAACCACCUGGACGACGUGGAGCGGGCCAUUGAUGACGGCGUCAACGCCGUCAAGGCCGUCACCAAGGAUCCUCGCCUGGUGCCCGGUGCCGGAGCGACCGAGAUCCAGCUGGUCGAGCGGAUCACCGCCUUCGCCGACCGGACGCCCGGCCUGCCGCAGUAUGCCAUCCGCAAGUACGCCGAAGCCUUCGAGGUGAUCCCGCGCACGCUGGCGGAAUCCGCGGGUCUCGACGCCACCGAGGUUCUCUCCCGGCUCUACACGGCGCACCAGCGCAAGAACGGCGACGCCGCGGCGGAGGGCAGCUCCGACAGCGACGAGCCGUACUGGACGACCGGUGUGGACCUGGAAUCGUCCGCGUCGGCGGGCACUCUCGACACGGUGGAAGAGGGCAUCCUCGACCUGCUGGCCUCGAAGAGCUGGGCGAUCCGUCUGGCCAGCGAGGCGGCCCGGACGGUGCUCAGCGUGGAUCAGAUUAUCGUGGCCCGUCAAGCGGGCGGACCCAAGCCGCCCGGUCCCAACCCCAACUGGGAUGAGGACUAAGCGUGAGGUUGCAGGGACCCGACGGGGGACUGGGU